AUGACGGCCGUGAGAAGAUAUGCUCGAAAACAAUACAGUCCUCGCCGACGUACUUGGAAGUCCGGCAACAAGUUCAAGCGUCGGAACUACCGUCGAAAACGUGUUGGUACUGCUACUGCAAAGUUUAAUGGUCCUGUUGGAACUGUACGCGGUCCGUUUCCUGCGCGUGAACGCGUCCAACUCACGUACGCCUUCGUCAGACAAUUCGACCCCAGAUUGAAUCAGAAUGUAGCAUUUGCUUGUGUAUCGCUUACUAAUAUAUUUGAUCCUGAUCCAGCUAUCGGUGGAUCUCAACCUGUGUUCAGGGAUGAAAUGUUCCAGUUGUGUGAUCACGCUGUUGUAAUUGCUGCUAAAGUGGAAAUGUGGAUUUCUCCUUCUGGUUCUAAUAAUAAUUCUUUAGAUUAUAUGUUAUGUUUACUUCCCCGUGAUAAAACUCUAUAUUGA